AUGUCAAACACCAUCGAAAAUCUCAUUUUCAACAGCCUGCGCGAUAUCGGCGUAAGACGAGCAUUUGGUCCAAGACAAGUACCUCCUUUCACUGGAACACUUAACCGCAACGGAAUUCAGUACGAGAUUAUGGAUCAAGUCACCUCUCUCCCUGAGUUCCCCGAGAUACCUGCAUUUGUAACGUCCUCCGAUUACAAUGACCUUUCUUCAUGCUGCACGUGGGCUGCUCAUUACAUUGGCGAUGGACCAGCUGUAUUCAUAGUCGAACAUGGCAAUGCUCAUGGAUCAGCAAUGCCAUACACGCCUCCGAACUUAACAUUCGGUGCCGUCACCGUCAUUGAUAAUCCUGCAACCGCCGCUUGGCAUAUCCACAAUAUUCUCGACUUCCUUGUCAGAGAGAGGCGCCCGGUGUACAUUGGGGUGCCCCGACACAUCGCCACAUUGCCAUUGUCGACUGUGGCAUAUUCGGCGGAUGAGGAGGGUGAGGAGAACGCUGCAAAUGCUGCUUCGGCCAUGCUGUACAUCUUCUAA